CACUUCAAUGGUUCGAGUGUUGUAAACACAGCCAUGUUUAAUUGACAAUGCUUAACGAAAUCAAAAGAUGUUUUAUCCGAGAUAUAUUUAAGUGUAUGACUAAUUCUUCGAAUAGAUCAUCCGGGGAAUUAACUAUUUAAAUAAUAAGUCGUUAAACAUUGCUACAGUUUUCCAACAAAAGGGAAUAACAAGUAGCUUACAAUUGGUAUUAUCAUAAAGUAAUAUACAUAUAUUCUCAUCAAGUGUAUGGUUAAUAAAACGUGCGGAUCGUAUUUCAAUAAUUAGCUGCUACAAUAGUUUUAUUGUUUUUAAACAAAAAGGAUCAACAAAAAGCUUACCAUUGAAUAUUGGCAGAAGCCCGUCAAAGACAUAACCAUGGCGGAUUGUAGCAAGACAAGGAUAAUGGCAAUCGUGUUAGGUGUUGUCUGUGUGGCUUUUGCGGUGGUUAUAGCUGUAUUCAUUUACCGGGAAUUAAGACAUCGAGAUUCUACAGAAAAGAAGAUCAACGCUGAAAACAUCAACUCCUUCUUUCCGGCGUACUUUCGAUCUCCCGAAGAGCAGCGGUUAUAUGAGGACAGCUACAUGAGUGGCCUAACAAACAGAACACUUGUUAAACCAAGCAUAUCUGAUCCUACGAAGGAUUGCAACUUUAACUGUUACGGUGCCCCUCAGCGAAGGAAGCGACAAGUGGCAUCUGUAGAACAUGGUUGUUGUAAAUCGAGCGUGGCAUUUAUGGCUCCUACAAAGCGAAUCAAUGUGAAUGGACAGGAACGAAAACUUCUACAGUUUGCUACAAAGAAACAGUACUUCGCCGUACACAGCUGCACUGCGUUGCUCAACUGUGGAGGUUGUCAUUGUUCGCAGGAAAACGGUAUGUAUGUCGGCGUUGCUGUGAAGGAUGGGGUGGUACAUCCAGACGACCUAGAUGACAUAGAGCUGGACUUCUUCUACUUUGACGGCUGUUGCAAGUGCAUUAAUGGAUAACUUUUAGAACUGCUCUCCUCCGGCUUAUAAAAGUGCAUUAAGGAUAACUUCUGAAAUUGCUUUCCUCUGACGGCUUAUAAAAAUGCAUUAAGGAUAACUUCUGGAAUAUCUCUUCUUUGAUGGCCGAUAUUAGUACAAUAAUAAGGAACAUGGAACGUUUGAGUGUUACAUUAUAGCACAUUCUUGUUCAACCACCAAGUAUGAUGUUGGUGUAGGGUAUCUAGAUUAUGAGAAUGAUGACAUUGAAUGUGUUGCUGACUGACAUAAGUAAUCUUACCGUGAUAAUUCCAAUCCUAGAUGUUGGAUAUGCUAACUUAAAGCGUUGCAACGAAUUAGUGCAGUUUCGUUUUCGGGUUGCUUUGUUUACAGGUGCUGGUAUUAGUAAACACAAUUUUAAUAUCUAUGUAAAUAGUGUCAAGUGUUUUGUCUGUUAUUGUUUUCUUUUUUAAUUAGGCUAUAAACUAUACAUAGCAGGGUAGAACUUUAGUAUUUAGAAUUGUCAUGUACCAUAAGUGGUGCACAUUAUUCGGCUAAACCCAGUUUUAUCUAUUUUUGCCAAUGUGUUCGGUCAUGCAUGUAUUUUUUUCCGCCUGUUUGGGGAUUUCCCGGUCAGAUGACCAAAAUUAGUGCGCAAUUGCAGUUGAAUAGUCGCCAUUGUCUCGGACAAUUGUCUUGCAACUUUGGAUUGAAUAUUCUUCUCAUGUUUCCAUAAAACUUUACGUGUGUGGUUCCUAUUUGUAUGUAAUAAUUUAUUUUGGUAUGGAAAUGAGCUGUACUUGUGUUCAUUUGUUUCUUGUACUCUUCUAUACGCACCACUUUCAAUUGGACCUGGCUGUAUUUGAGCCUGUGUGUGUGUUGUCACGUUGGUAAUUUCUGUAUUCAUUUGUAUAUAUGUUAUUGUGAUAACAGUUCACUUAUUUCAUUAAUGCUAUUGUGUCUAUUUUCAGGGCCUCUUGUGUAGAUUA